AUGGGCCUAACUUGGUCCAAUUCUCCAGAUGGUCGUCCAAGUACGGCACUGCCUUUGGUCGGUACGGGUGCUUAUGAGGUCGGAUGCGCAGAUAUUAUGAUUGCCCCGGAGAACGAGAACGAUGUGGGGAUGUUCGCCAGAGUCUUUUACCCGGCCUCUAAAAGACUGAACGUUGUGAGUUCGGUUGAUUAUUAAUUCCAAUACACUUAUUAUUAAUUAAUGAUGUUGAUUUAGCAUGAAGAAGCAGUCCAAUAUCCAGUCUGGAGACCGAGAAAGGAAUAUCUGGAUGGCCUGGCUGAUUAUAGGGAAAUGAAUCCACGGAAAAUCCAUUUCUUUUUCGACUGGGUGAUUGGCGAACGGCGAGUUCCGGCUGGUUGGCAUGAGCCUCUUUUCACGUACGUCCUGGAGAGAGAAAGGGAUCACGUCGUCUCAAUUCAUGGCUCCAAGUCCUCAGGGCAGUUGUCAGCGUCAUCGUCGGAAGAUCUCUCGGAUAUGGGAUCCCGGAUGCACCCCUCCAAAUCUGAUGCGAAUCUCAUCAACGAUUGUGAUCCCAAAUUCCCGGUUCUUAUUUUCUCUCAUGGAAUCAGUGGAAAUAGAUUAUGUUACAGUACUUAUUGCUCCUCUUUGGCUUCAUAUGGCUUCGUGGUAGUGGCCAUUGAGCACAGGUAAAAUCUUUGGCUACCUAAAUAUUAGGUUUAGAAGUAUGACUCCACCGUUAUCAUUUAAUACAGAUGAUAUUAAUCCCAUUACAGAGAUCGCUCCUCUUCUUGGACGUUCUAUUUGGAAACAGACCCUGUCUCAGGGGUCGUCAUAGAGAAGCCGGUUACUAUCAUGCAAUACCCGGCAGGCGAGGCCGACUUUAAAGCCAGGAACAAACAAGUAAGUGUAGUAGUAUUCGAUUACAACCUUGUUCAGCUACACAAAAGGGUGGCCGAAUGUGUUCGGGCCUUGAAUGUGAUGGAGGAAUUGAAUCUGGGAACGUGUGGACCGGCUGACAAAAGACCUAAGGGCAGCAAAAUAAUUUAUGGCCAAGGAUUUGAUUGGUCUCAAUUUAAGGCAAGUUGCUUGUAAUGUUCCUUUAUCCACAUUUUUAAUUACAGAAUCGCCUCCUGAUCGACCACGCCGCCGUGAUUGGCCAUAGUUUUGGUGGAGCCGCAGCCCUGGCUGCCGCAGCCUUUUCCACAGAUUUCCAGGCCAGUGUUUGCUGGGAUGGAUGGUUAUAUCCAUUAGAACAUGACCUCUAUCCUCGUAUCACCCAGAAAACUCUGAUGAUUAAUGCCCAAAAAUGGCAAUGGGCGGAGAAUGUGAAAAGAAUGAUGAGAUUGCCUGCGGCUGCAGAGAAAAUACUUUUUACAUUAAAGUAAAACCACUUUUUUCUACUUUUUUUUGCCCUAUGCUUUAAUCUUUACAAUGUUGUCCUUUCAGAGACAUUGUCCAUCAAUCAUUCAGUGAUUUCUCGUAUCUGAUGCCUGGAUAUGUGGGGAGAAAGUUUGCUUUGCAAGGAGAUCUGGAUCCAAUCCAAACUGGAGAGGCCAUCAUGGAGAUUACUGUAACGUAUCUGCGGAAGUGCUUCGAGAAUAUUCCGGCCAUCGAACACCUCCGAGAAGUGGCCAAGAGAUAUUCCCAUUUUGUGAUUGAGGGAACGGACAUCUCGUUGGAAGACGGAGACAAUGGAAAAGAUCAUUCUGCGGAUGAUAUUGUCCCUCCAGAAGUCGAUUCGAAUGUUAACUAA